AUAUCUAUAGAGGUCCACUAAACCCAAGACCUAGUCCUCGAAAGGGAGAUGUGUUACAUAAAAACUACAAGCGUGUGGCUGAGGUAUGGAUGGACGAGUACAAAUCGUAUUUAUACGAACACGGGAAAGGAUUUUACGAGGUGAUUGAUCCAGGUGAUUUGAGUAAACAAAAAGCUAUUCGCGAAAAACUCCACUGCAAGUCGUUUAAAUGGUUUAUUGAGAACGUAGCAUUCGACCUGAUACGGGCCUAUCCGCCGGUAGAGCCACCUGAUUUUGCAUAUGGUGCCAUACAAAGCGACGCCGAACCAGCACUUUGCAUCGAUACCUUAAACAAACCCCGGCAUUCGAAAAUUGGACUUUAUCCCUGUGCAGAAAAUCUUAAACAGCCGCAAAUAAAUCAAAAUUGGGCUAUAAGCUGGCGCAAGGACUUGCGUUUGCGUCGAAAAAGAUAUUGCUUCGAUGUACAACAACAACCCCCGAAUGCAUCCAUAUGGCUGUGGGAAUGCCACGGCCAGGGAGGAAACCAAUUUUGGUUUUAUGACCGUCAUCACAAAUGGCUUAUUGCGGGAAAGCACAAUAAUCAUUGCUUGGAGGCCGAACCUAAGAGUCGAACUAUUUACAUUAACCGAUGUGACUCGGAAAAUCCUUACAUGAAAUGGAGCUUUGGUAAUGUAAAUGAUACGGCAUUGGACAUGUUUUUUCAACAGGAACCGAAAUAUUUUUGAUAGAAUUUUUCUCUGAAUGACUCUCAUGUAGUUUUCAAGGACCGAUAAAAUGUUGUCCAACAAAUCAUUGAAUAGAGUAUUAAAUGUAGAUAUAGAUAAAAAAAAAAUAUUUGCGUAAAAAUCAAUUUUCAUAGAGUAAACAGAGUU